AAAUUCUAAACUCUUACAGUUACGGCUGAAGCUUUGGGGCCUUUUGAGGGAAGAAAAGAAAAAAGACAAUGGCGGAUCGUUUCUUCCCCAACGAAUUGCCGGACUUCGUAGCCGAAACAACACACCACGAACAAGAAACCGGAGAUACUCUGAUCAAACUCCUUUCCAUGCCUUACUCUUCUCUCUCUCAACAUCUCAAACGCACCGCUCUGGACCUCAAAGAGACCAUAACACUGGAAACGUGGGGGGUGACCUCGCAAAAUGUCUCCGAUUUCACUCUCUAUUGUGGCACUCUCGGCACGGCUUUCCUGCUCUUCAAAUCCUAUCGACUUACCAACAACGCCAACGAUCUAUCCCUCUGCUUAGCCAUGGUUGAUACUUGCAAUUCCGUUUCCUUAUCUUCUCGGGAUGUAACCUUUUUAUGUGGUCGAGCUGGUGUUUGUGCUCUUGGUGCUGUAGCCGCAAGCUAUACUGGAAAUCAAGAACUGGUUAAUCAUUACUUAACCCAGUUUAGAGAGAUUAAGCUCUCAAGGAAUCUCCCUAAUGAGUUGUUGUAUGGAAGAGCCGGGUAUUUAUGGGCUUGCUUGUUCUUAAACAAACAUUUCGGUGAAGGGACUAUCCCUUCUACAACUAAACGUGCAGUUGUUGAUGAAAUUAUCAAGGAUGGAAGGGCCUUAGGGAAGAAAGGAGGAGGAAGUCCUUUGAUGUUUGAAUGGUAUGGAGAAAAGUAUUGGGGUGCUGCGCAUGGAUUGGCAGGUAUUUUGCAUGUUUUAAUGGGCAUGGAGUUGAAACCCGAUGAGGCCGAGGAUGUAAGAAGCACUCUUAGAUACAUGAUUAGGAAUCGAUUCCCGAGUGGGAACUACCCUGCAAGUGAACAAGAUAGAAAGUAUGAUGUUCUUGUCCAUUGGUGCCAUGGAGCCCCUGGGAUUGCACUCACUCUUGUCAAGGCCGCUGAGGUAUUUGGAGAUGAUGAAUUUCUGGAGGCAGCUAUGGAUGCAGCAGAGGUAGUGUGGAACCGUGGGUUGCUGAAGCGAGUAGGAAUUUGCCAUGGCAUUAGUGGGAAUGCGUAUGUUUUUCUCUCGCUUUACCGAAAAACAGGCAAUGUAAAGUUCUUAUAUAGGGCAAAAGCAUUUGCAAUCUUUUUGCUGGAUCAAGCUCACAUGCUUAUAUCCAAGGGAGAGAUGCACGGAGGCGAUAGCCCCUAUUCCCUGUUUGAAGGGAUUGGAGGUAUGGCAUACCUGUUCCUAGACAUGAUUGAGCCCCUAGGCUCCAGAUUCCCUGCAUAUGAACUCUAACUUGUAAACUAGUACGGUAAAUCAGUAGGUAUUACUUGUCUACUUUCUUGGAAUACAUAUGUACUUGGGAAACACUUGCAAUUAGGGUGUAAAUGAAUCGAGCCUGAACAAAUAAAACUACAAAACUGUGUUCGUGUUCUUUUUUUUUUUUUAA